AUGCAGGGCCGCAUGCAGCUGUGCGCGUUGGACUGCGCCGACGAAAUGGCCGCCGCCGUUCCACCGGGGACCAAGGAGAGCGACCCCGUAUUGCAGCAAGGCGCAUUGCAGAACAUGGAGUGCACAGCGGCGUGUGCCUCCAAGUCAGUCUUGCUGAUGUCGAGCACGCUGGCUAAGAUAUCGGCGGCAGCACAUGAAGCGGCGAAACAGGCGAAAUAG